ACAGAUCUCAGUGCUAAGGUGGGCCAGCUGUGGACAAGGGUGCUGUCACAGGGUCACCGAAGACAUGAGUCUCUGCCACUAGACAAAUCCAAUUGCCGAGGCUUCUCUUCGUGUGAAGCAGCUGGGUAGAAAAUGGCUGCCAUCAGUGUAUUAAUGGUACUCCUGCCUGUUGUGUGGGCCUGUUCUCCACAGAAAGCAGAUUACGUUAUGAUCUCUUGUUUUCCCAACACCAUUAUCGCCAACGUGCCGGAGUGCCCGUACGGUUGGGAGGUAGAACAUCUGUCUCUAGGAGGGGUGUGCUACAGCGGCGUCAACAUUCUGGGGUAUUACCGCUUCACCAUUCCUGACCUGACCCCCAAAAACCACUCCUACUGCGGGACAUUGUCAGAGUACAUGGGGGGUAAGGACCCCAAAUACGUGUUCUAUAACUCAAUAGUGUCCAACGACACUUCCCUGACAGUCAGGAACCAGCCUGUCAACUACACCUUCAGCUGCACGUACCGAGCUGCGUACCUGGUGAACAACGCUGUGUUCAGCCAAAGAGUGGCAACAGUUUAUGUCAACAACGGAAGUAUAGGCACAUUUAAAUCUCAGUUAUCUAUGAACGUGUUCACCAAUUCUAAGUUCCUGUACGCUAAGGACGCUCCCUUUGUGAUCGACACAUCAGAGAUUGGCUCUGAGGUUUUUAUUGGGAUUGAAGCAAAGGGACUGAGCAACAGAUUCAAAGUUGUGAUUACCAAUUGCUGGGCCACACCUUCACCCUAUUCCACUGACAGGAAGCGGUGGAGUCUAAUCAUCAACAGCUGUUCGGCAGAUAAAACGGUCACCAUCUUCGAGAACGCCAAAGACAGCAAGUCCAUGUUCAAGUUCCAUUCCUUCCGUUUUCAACGUCUGGAGAAGGUGUCGACGGUCUGGCUUCACUGCGAGGUGCAUGUGUGCGACAGUGAAAAACUCUACUGCCUACCGGCUCCGUGCAGUUCAAGACAUUCAACAUUAGAAUCAGACACCAGUGGUGGCGUCCUGACCAUGGAGUUUCAAAUUAAAGCUGAGGGCUCCUCCAGUCACAGACACCAUGCAGGUACCUGGCUGUGUUUCCUGAGUUUAUUCCUGGUGAAUACCUUAUUGGGGUGUCUUCACUUACCAAACGUAUAAGGAAGACCUGCUCAUUACACCUGGACAGCACAUCCGGACACCUCACUUGCUCAUCACACCUGUAUGUGUGGAAAACUGCUCAUCAGACUGGGACAACCAACCUGCUCAUCUCAUUCUUUCUCUUUCACAUAGAAAAGAUAAAAGGUGUGCAGGUGUAUCAUAUAGCCAUGUAAGUUGUGGGAACUAUGACACACAGAGACAUAUAAACAGAGAGAGAGAGAGAGAGAGAGAGAGAGAGACAGAGGAUGAAAGUAAAGUAUGCUCACAUACACAUACAUGCACAUAUUCACACCAAACCUUGGUCAAAUAUGUAUUUCAAUAAAUGUGCUUCAAAUAUUAUUUUGAAAUAUUUAAAUUACUUUCAAAUAACACAUUUAAAAAUACAGUAUAUCUGAAUAUUUUAAUGUAUUUGGGAAAAAAAUUUAAUGUGAAAGUAUUUGUAAUUGAAUAUAUUUGUUUAGUAAUAUUGAAACAUGUAAUUUACUUAGAUUCUUUGAAUGAUGGAUGAAUACUCAUAUGUAUGCCUUUACGCAAAAUACCAACACACCAUUGAUUGUUCUUUUCAUUUUCUUUCAUUUUUUUCAGUAAAGGGUGAGGCCACAAUAAAACCACUGCAGGAUCCAUCCCAAUGAUUUGCAAAGUUUAUUGUUAAAUAAGCAACAAUUAUCCAUGUUUUAGCUUUCAAAAUUAGUCAGCAGGAAAAUAAAGAAAAAUAGGUCAAAAAGUUGAAAUGUUAAGCCUUAUUAAUGAUAGGAAAUAUUUACUUUCCAUCAGUAAUCUGUU